AUGAAAACAGCCACAGUCUUGGUUCUGGUGGCUUUGAUCGCCAUGGAGAUGGACAAGGUCUGUGCUCUGACAAUUUCUCCUGGAAGAUUACAGAAACCUGGAGCUUGCCCUAAGAUGCCCACACUGGAUAUGAGAACUUGUCUUGAACAGUGCUCAACAGUAUUUAUGAGAAUUUGUCUUAAUCGGUGCUCAGGAGAUGAAUCGUGUCCCAAUAAAAAGAAGUGCUGUAGAUUUGGGUGUGGUCGUGUCUGUAUGCCCCCUAUCUUUAAGUGA